AUGCUGACUUUGGAGACUGGUGGGGAUUACAAGUUAAGGCUGCCCGCCGGCUCCAAGCGAGCAUGGAGGCUCCCACUAAGCCGAGCUUCCUCUUUCAACCUUCAUCUUCGCCAACAAGCUGUAAUAACCAUGUCCACCGCAAUACCUUCAAUCGCCUGUCUAGGCGUUAUCGGCCGAAAUGUCAGUAUAAAACGCCAAAAUGCUAUGAUUCUCACUGAACAUCCGCUGACGCGCCAUGGCUACACACAGAACAAUCCCCUCCAUAUCUCCAUCUUCCCCUCGCUCGAUCCAGUAACAAAUACGUUCGCUCCGAUUCGCACACCUCUCCAGUUCUCCCUCCUGCUCUCUUCCACCAUCGAUGUCUUUGAUCUGCGCGCCAAGACCAACGCAGUCUCAGGGGUUGGCCUCUCGGGAGACUUUGGGCUUCUCCACGCUGUGGAUGACCGCCUUGCCGCCUACGGCUUCGAGACCAACACAGGCGUUCGAAUGGUCUGUCUUGUCGAUAUGCGCGGUCGGCGUGUCGAUGGUAAUGCCCCGGUAGCUGCAAGUCGGGGCGCUGCUGCAGGCCUACGCGAUGCUGAGCUUAAGCCCGUGUUUCGGGCCAUGCAGCAUGCAUAUGUCAAGUUGUUACAGAACCCAUUUUAUGACCCGGAUGAGCAUGCUCCCCUAGGCGGGAGAGGGGGCAAGAAGAUCACCAGUCGCAAGUUUGCUGAUGAUAUAAAGAGGAUAGGGGAGGGCUGGACCCCAGGCGUGACAAACCUCUAA